AACCCACCCUGUAUAUAUUUUCCUAUAGAUAAAAUUAAAUCAAUACUCCUAGAGGGCGUAUAUAAUAUAAAGGGUGCGCGCUCAACCCUCUGCUGAUAUGACCCACAUUUCAAGAUGUUUACAGCCAUCAAAAUGGACAAAUAAAUACCUCACGCAAGAAUAAUGCGUUGCACGAGCCUCACUAACACAAUUUUCAUCAACCUGAUCAUAUUCAGCCUGGGGGUCUAUUUUUACACCCUUUGGACAAAAUAUGACAUCCCUCAGAAGCCCUUGUCCCCCACUACCUCGACGUACGACAGACAAAUAUAUUUAUACAACAGAGGCCUGAAAGAAAACCAAUCCGGACCGUUGUUAUCCCGCCAAAAGCACCACGCCAACAAACCGAUGUUUCCCAGCUCCAACAUGCACGUCCUAGAAUUUGACAGCUGUCAGUAUUGCUGUCAAACGAAUGACAAUCCUCAGACCUGUCACAAUAAAACGCUGAGUUUUAAAAUGCAACUGCUAAGGGAACUGUCUAAUACAGUAGCGGAGGAGGCGAACGUUUUAAAUAAGGGUAAUGCGGAGAAUAAGUAUAACGUUCACUAUGUGGGUCCCAAGGAGGACUUUACGGAGAAACCCGCGAAAGUCGUUUUAUGUGAAUUAAUGAAUACGAAACUUAACACUCUGAGGAGGAGCGAGGUUGAAGGAGGCCUCAGGGCCUCCUUGCCUAGAAGAGGAUUCUUCGAAAAUAAAGCCUUUAAUAGUUGUGCGGUUGUCGCAAGCAGUGGAGCACUCAGAGGGAGUAAUUUAGGAAACUUCAUUGAUUCCCACGAUGUUGUUCUACGGUUCAACGACGCUCCAACUAAAUCUUUUGAGCGUGACGUGGGCUCCAAGACCACCAUAAGAGUCUUAAACUCCCAAGUGGUCACCAAACCCCAAUAUCACUUCCUCACAUCUAAUUUAUAUAAGAAUAUUACGUUGGUACUGUGGGACCCCAGCAACUAUUCGUCUUCCCUGGAAGAAUGGCUGAAGAAUCCCGAAUACGAUUUGUUUAGGAAUUUUAUGCAGUAUAGACGGCAAGAAGAUAAACCGAGGAUUUUCUUGGUUAAUCCACUCACUAUAUGGGACUUAUGGGAUUUUCUGCAGAGGAACGUUCAAGGGCGCUUGCGGAAAAAUCCACCGUCUUCUGGAUUUUUAGGCUUAAGACUUCUUCUGCCCAACUGUAACUUUAUCGACGUCAUAGAAUACGUGCCGUCCAGCAAACUGUCAAAGAGGUGUCACUAUUACGACCUGGACGUAAACUCCGCUUGCACUUUUGGGGUGUGGCACCCCCUGGCGGCCGAAAAGUUAAUCGCUUACCACCUGAACGAGGCGAACGAUCACGAGGUGUUUCAACGCGGCUACGUCAGGAUUCGGGGGUUUGGAAAUUUAAAUUGUUGAGCGUAAAUAAAUUCAACGUUUUUGA